CCUCGCCGCAAUUUGCAACAAACUCCCAUACCCACGGUUUUCCUUCCGUCAUCUACACCUGGCCAGCUCGGACGUACGCACAGCUUCCUUGCGCCUCCAAUUUCAACCACUGCCCGCCAAUAUUAGUUUUACCUUCUAAAUACACAUUGUCAACAUGGCAACCACCGAGUCAUCCGUGCCUACCAACGGCACCUACGCGCAAGGCUACGACAGCUACUCCUCCCAGCAACAGACCGCCAGCCAGCCCGCACAACAAGCAUCCGCAUCCGAAAUUCCUAAGGAUGAGGUUGGCUGGUACUUCGUCGAGCAGUACUACACCACCUUGAGCAAGAGCCCAGAUCGUCUCUACCUCUUCUACAACAAGCGCUCGCAGUACGUUUCUGGUGUUGAGGAGGAGAAGGUCAACGUUUGCGUCGGCCAGAAGGUAUGUGGAAGCCAAUCCGUAUCUGCAGACAACGCACAGCUAAUAGCGAGACAGCCCAUCAACGAGCGCAUCAAGGAGCUUGACUUCAAGGACACCAAAGUCCGCGUCACCAACGUCGACUCCCAGGGCUCCGACGCCAACAUCGUCAUUCAGGUCAUUGGUGAGAUCUCUAACCAGGGCCAGCCCCACAAGCGUUUCGUCCAAACCUUUGUCCUUGCCGAGCAGACCAACGGAUACUUCGUCCUGAACGACAUCUUCCGCUACCUUGCUGAGGAGCCCGAGGAGGAGGAGGAGCUUCAGCAGGAGCCUGCUGCGAACGGUAUCGAGGAGCCUGCUCCCACCGCUGCCGUUCCUGCGGACGAGGAUGCUACUCAGGGCGAGCAGGUCGCCAGCAGCGAGGAGGACAUGACCAAAGUCGACCAGAAGCUCGAGGAGGUUGCAAAGGAGGAGCCCUCCACUGAAGAGAUCACUGCUACUGGCCCCACUGAGGAGGCUGUUGAGACCGAGAAGGCUCCUGAGGUUGAGGAGGCUCCAACUGCUGCUACUGAGGAGACUCCCAAGGAGGCCGAAGCUCCUGCUGAGCAGGCUGUCGAGGAGGAGAAGCCCAAGGACCCUUCUCCUACUCCCGCUCCUGCUGCUAAGCAGGCCGCCCCUGUCGCUAUGCCUUCCGGCCCCCCUAAGCCUGCUGCUCCUCGCACAUGGGCCAGCCUCGCUGCCUCCGCCCACAAGGUUGCUACCCCCGUCGUCGCCGCACCCGCCGCUCAGCAGGUCCCCAAGGAGGCCAAGGCUGCUGCCCCCGCUCAGCCCGCCGCUGCUGCUCCCGCCCAGACCUCUGCUUCCGCUCGUGAGCAGUCUCCGGCCGCGAGCCAGGGUGAGGCUGCUGGCUGGCAAUCCGUCACUGGUCACAAGAAGGAGCAGUCUCGCGCACAGAACCAGGCGCCCGCUGCUGAUGCCGACCAGAAGCGCGCAUACAUCAAGAACGUCUACAGCCAGGUCCAGGAGGGCUCCCUGAGGGCCGCCCUCUCCAAGUUCGGCGAAGUUGAGUACCUUGAUCUCAGCCGUGGCAAGAACUGCGCUUUCGUCGACUUCAAGACCCCUGCUGGAUACCAGGCCGCCGUUGCCGCCAACCCCCACACCGUUGACGGUGUUGAGCUCAAGGUCGAGGAGCGCCGCACUCGUCCUCAGCAGUUUCCCGCCUUUCCUCGUGGUGGUGGCUCUCAGCGCGGUCGUGGAGGCCCUGGAGGCCCUCGCGGCGGUUUCGUUUCCCGUGGCCGCGGUGGUGCCGCUCGUGGCCGUGGUGCUCCUCAAGAGUCCUGAACGUGGUAGCUUGAAAGACUGCCUUGCUUCAGCUCUAGUUCAUCUCCCUUUUCGUUUGUCGAGUCUUUAGCGACUUUUACCGUUCCAUAACGAUUCACGGCUUCUGUUAUGUGUACUGUAUCCGACUCUUUUCAGCGCUUGUAUAAAAGUCACC